UCCCCUGCAGAGCAUGCACAGCCCGGGACUCGCAUCGCCGGCUCCGAGGCGGGCGGGCGAGACCCUCCUCGCCGCCAGCCCCGCCGCCGCUGCCCGCCGAGCCGCCCGCGGCUCCCCGGUACCGCCGGCCCCCGGUGCCCCCGCCGGACUUUUCCCUCCUGCCGAGGAUGAGGCGGCCGACGCGGCGGCUGGCGCUGUCUCUGCUGGGGGUGCUCUGGCUCGCCGCCCUCCUCCUCUUCUUCUUCGGGGCGCGGAGGAAGUUGGAGGCUGCGGAGCCCGAGGGACACACGCCGGAGGACUCGGACGCGGACUGGGACGACCUGUGGGAUCAGUUCGAGGAGCGGAGGUACCUGAGUGCCCGGAGGUGGAAGGGCGGCGAGGACCCCUACCGGCUCCAUGCCUUUAACCAGCGGGAGAGCGAGAGGAUCCCCAGUGACCGCGCUGUCCGCGACACCCGCCAUCACAGGUGUACGACUUUGCACUACAGCCAGGACCUCCCGCCCACCAGCGUGGUCAUCACCUUCCACAACGAGGCCAGGUCCACCCUGCUGAGGACAAUUCGGAGCGUGCUGAACCGCACCCCAGUGCACCUCGUCCAUGAAAUCAUUCUCGUGGAUGACUUCAGCGAUGACCCUGACGACUGCCGCUUGCUGGCCCAGCUGCCCAGGGUGAAGUGCUUGCGGAACGGACGGCGGGAAGGUCUGAUCCGGUCCCGAAUCCGAGGGGCAGACGUGGCAAAGGCAGGUGUCCUGACCUUCCUGGACAGUCACUGCGAGGUGAAUAAGGACUGGCUGCUUCCUCUGCUGCAGAGGAUCAAAGAGGAUCCCACCCGAGUGGUCAGUCCCGUUAUCGACAUCAUCAACCUGGACACUUUUGCCUACGUGGCAGCUUCCUCAGACCUCAGAGGAGGUUUUGACUGGAGUCUGCAUUUUAAGUGGGAGCAGCUUUCCCCGGAGCAGAAAGCCAAACGACUCGAUCCCACCGAGCCCAUUAAGACACCCAUCAUUGCUGGGGGGCUGUUUGUGAUCGACAAGGCCUGGUUCAACCACCUGGGGAAGUACGACAGUGCCAUGGACAUCUGGGGUGGGGAGAACUUUGAAAUCUCUUUCCGUGUGUGGAUGUGUGGAGGGAGCCUGGAAAUCAUCCCCUGUAGCCGCGUUGGGCACGUCUUUCGGAAGAAACAUCCGUACGUCUUUCCAGAGGGAAAUGCCAAUACAUACAUUAAGAACACCAAGCGCACGGCGGAGGUGUGGAUGGAUGAGUUCAAGCAGUACUACUACGCCGCCCGGCCCGCCGCCCAGGGGAGGCCUCUGGGCAACAUCCAGAGCAGAGUGGAGCUACGGAAGAAGUUGAAAUGCCACAGCUUCAAGUGGUACCUGGAAAACGUUUAUCCCGAACUUCGGAUUCCCGAGGAAUCGCUCUAUCAGACUGGGAUAAUCAGGCAAAGGCAGAGCUGCCUGGAGUCACACAAGUCUGAAGACCAAGAGCUCCCCAUCCUGAGCUUAAAUCCUUGUAACAGCAGCAAGGGCACAGUACCAAAGGCACAGGAAUGGACGUACACAUACAACCACCACAUCCGCCAGCAGCAGCUGUGUUUGUCUGUGUACACCCUCUUCCCUGGUUCCCAGGUGCUGCUGUCACCUUGUAAAGAAGGUGACAACAAGCAGCGCUGGGGCAAAGUCGGGGCACACAUCGAGCACAUAGCUUCCCGCUUCUGCCUGGACACCGAGACCUUCGGGGACACGAACGAGAGCGUCAAGGAGCUCGUCAUCAAUCCCUGUGAGAGCACAGCCAUGAGCCAGCGCUGGGACAUGGUGAUGUCUUGACCUGCCGGAGGAUGUGCGUGGCGGGGACGGGCACCGGGACGCGGCUACGCGCGGCUGAGACGCGCCGGAUGGGGCUCGAAUCCAAACCAUCGGGGUCCCUGUGUGCUGUGGGACAGGAGGAGAAUCAUUCACAUAAAAAUGGGACACGGCUCUGCGGGUGGAACAGUGGCUGUUGACCGCCAGGCAUGCAGCUGGUAUUGGCCUGGUGAUGGCCAAGGAGGAGGCAUGGCAGAAAAACAAGCUUGAAAUGUUUCAGAGGGGUGCUGGGGCUCCUGCAAUGGGCUGUACAGAACUUCAGCAUGCACAGCAUUGAGUAAUCUCCUUGGCAACACAGGUGGAAGAGCCUUUAAUGCCUAAAGGGGACCUAGGCUGAGCAAAACAAGCAUCUCAGCAGCUCUUGAGCGUUGAAGUGGGUGCACAAGAUGAGAUGUGCCAAGGGAUGCUAAGAAACAUCGCGGGGGAUGAAGUGGAAGACAGUGAAUUAUUUUUGCACUUUGCUGUGGAUGUUUCUGUCCUCUGCAGACAGCACGGGUGGAGCUGUGUUGCACAUUUGAAUUGGUACGAGGUCCACGUCCAUGUUGUGCAUACAGAGCAGAGCAGUCCUUGGUGGCUGUGGCCAGGAUCAGAACAGCGAGUGACGGGGGAAUCCUCUUCUGUGCUAACUGCACACGCUGCUUGUUGAAUCUCCAAAGCCCAAGCAAACAGAGGAUUCAGUGUGAGAUUAAAGGAUAUAAAUUUCUGUCUAGCUGGGAGGAAAGGCAGUAACAUGAUUAUUUCUCCUUUCUGAAGGCCAUGGGUCACUGAAAACUCCUCUAAAAUUUUGCUAUGUGUCUCUCACUGCUCUGUUUCGGAUCCGGACUAAUUCAAAUUUUCACUUCCAUAAAAGUAAUAUUUUUGGUAAUUGAAGGUAAUUGUGUCAUAUUUCUGUUUCCCAAUUUCCAAACUACAGAUGAAGGGACUCCCAUAAAGUGCUGCUACUGAUGGAAUGGUGAAGGUUUAAUUUUUAAUUAAAAUUAGAGACUGCACCAAGAAAAGAAAAGGGGUAUUACCUGGGUUUGCUUCCCAGUUACCCUGUGGCCCACAAUGUAAAGUACUGAAGAAAAGGUUUGGGAUUGCCCAUUCACUCUGCAGGGCAGCCUGAGCCAUGAUGUAUCUCUCUCUCAAAGUCACUUAGCAUAGCCAGACCAGGCAGAAAUGAUUUCCUCAGCUUUUGGAGAUAAGUCUGUUACCAGAGAUCAUGUCAGGUGCUGCCACUGUGUGGGAGUGAGGUGACUGCCUGAGGAGAGUAGGACAGACGGAGGGAUAUUAGGAACAGAAGACUGGAAGGUCCUUUCCAGCCUGUCUUUCAGGGCAGCUGUCACUACAGCCACAGGUAACACCAAGAGCUGUCCACACAGCUCUUGUGUAGUAACGACUCUCAAAGAGAACUUUCACAGGGCUGUCAAUGUGACUUGAAAAAAAAUACAUAGUUUCUGUCUUAAAAUGCUAGGAUUUAGCGAAAAUCCUAUCCUUUGUUUCCUGUGCUGCAAACUGCAGGUGGAAUACCAUAAGCUUUAAGCCUUCAAGUGCUCUCAGCAUCCCUUCUUGAAUAAAUUGCUGGCUUUCAGGAUUUUACUGCCUCAGUUUCUCCUCCCUCAGUGCUGGGAGAAAGCCAUGUGUAUAAAUCUUCCCGGCUUUAGAAGCAGAACCAGUAUAGCUCUUUAUGUGCAAAAGGUCGCAGUGCAAAAUGCUUUUCAUGUGCUGCAGUGAUUACUAACCUCAUCAAGCUCCCUUGGAGCCAGCCUCAAGGGCUUCUGCUAUGAAAGGGCUGGAGCGAGCUGUCCUUUCAUGGUGGGAGCUGGCAUUGUUUCCGUGCCACCACUCUGACCAGGAAACAAAGAGGAGCACUUCAAAUGGAAUGGACCCAUUUCACAAAGAAGGGCAGUGACCUUGGGCUUCUUUUUAAUUGAACAGGGACAUAUCACAUCUACUUUUUACAAUGGUGAUGACAGGCAAGGGGUAGUAAUUCCCUGUCUAGUGUUUACAAGGGAAAGCAGCUCCCAAGAGCUUGAAGCUUAACACGUUCACACCUGUACUGUGCCCGCAGCCUGCGGCUGCCCAGCGCCUGGCAAUUUGAGUCUGAAAAUUCAAAAUUGCUGAACAACUUGGCAGGGGUUUUGAAGGUCAGCACCUGGCAGGUACACUCUGAGCAGGAUCUCAGACCUGUCUAGCUUUACUGUUCUCCACCAAAGGUGAAGAUCUCCGUUCUCCUGACAGCCAAAGCUCUCUCAACUGCUCUUUGCCUUAGCAGAAACAGCUACCUCACUACAUAUGUGUGUGUGCUUGGGCACACGGACCCAUGGGACCUGCAGGGAUGUGUUCUAGCAAGGAGUUGUUUGACCAGCUUUGCAGCUCAUGCAUUUUUGGAAAUACAAAUGCUAUAGCAAACCCCUCCUAUUCCAAAACAUGCACCAAGUGAUCACUGUGAACACAUCUGGGGACAGUGGAAGGCAGGCAGUGGAGAGGGGGCAUCAGGCAGCAGCAGCCAAGUUCAGCUAAGUCUCUUCAGGCCCAAAAGCCACCACGUACCUCACAGACCUGGGGAACAGCAGCACUUGUCAAACUGGUGAUUGUGUUUCACACAGCCAUCAGCUGUAACCCUUAGGCUAUUUCAUGGUCCAGGAAAUGAGAUUAUCCCUAUGGAUCAGCAGUGUUUUCAGAGAAGCCUGAGAGUAUCAGCCUGACUCCUGGGGAGCUUUAUAUAAAGCUGGCAAUGGUCUGGCAGUCUCCAGAUUUAGCCCCAGUACGGCAUUUAGCAAAUCUGCUUGACACCCCUGCAGAGAGACCUUGCGUUGUGUCAGGGAAAAGGUUAACUUGCUGCUGAAAUCCAACUCAUACCUUCAGGUUUGUUUCAUUUAUUAAAAUACACUGAAAACAGAUGAACUUUUCUUGCUUUGUGUUUUUUCAAUGCCUAGACAAAUUAUUAUCAUGCUGUGAACAGGUACAAUGUGACUGAUUGGGAUCUAGAUGGGCUCCCAUGCCAAUGCUUCUUAAGCCCCAGCAUCACUUGGUCAUAAUGCUUUUUGGCAACAUUUUGCACUGACUUGAAAGAACAUAAGAUAAAGUAGAAAAUAUGAUUCUAAUCCUGGCUGUUGAGCUUUGUGACAGCCUUUAUGAUCUCCAGGUAAGUCUUGUCUUAUGCCUUGGUAAAAUUAGAUUCAGAGCAGGAAACUCAAGGCUAGAACUACUACUGAAAGAGGCAACUAAGGCUAUCCAAAAAAAAACCCCAAACACACCAGAAAGAAUAAAAAUAAAAAAUAAAAAAGCGCUUCCCCUCUCUCUCUAAGGAGAUCUGUGUUCCAAUGAGAAAAAAUCUGUCUGGUUUUAGUUGGGUUUAGUUGGAGAAGUCUUGCAGUCCUUGUGAUGCUGGUUAUGUGAUUUCUAGGUCUCUUGUGCUCAUGUUCUCUCUGUACCAGUGCAGUACCCAUAAGGUAACAAAGGUAACAACACAAAUCAUCUGUGCAGAUUACAACAUGUUGAGGUAGUGAUUUAGUGGUAAAGAGGUGGAAACAGAAUUCAAGGAUCUUUGUUUAUCCAGCAAAUGCAACAGCAGAAUGGGGCUGGUGGUCGAAGACUGGAGAAGACCAGAUGAAGACUGGUGGUGAUUCAAGACAAGCACAGCCUUGAGGGCUAAUCCCUUCUUCUGCUUCUAGGAGUGGCUUGGGAUAGCUUACUUCAUUUCCCUGCCACAGUUUCCCAAAAUUUUAGAAGACUGAGUGUCUUGAAGAGAGAAAAAGCCAAGGAUUAGUUUUUGUUGCAUGCAACGCAGCAGCACUGGGCUGGCAGUCUCCAUGGACCCUUUUUUAUCUGUCUGUACAGAGUCUGGUACAGAUGGAGUUAAUUUUCUUCAUAACCUCCAUAGCCUGUAAGGUCCUGUGGUUUAGACUGGUGACCAAAACCGUGUUGAUAACACACAACAAUGUUUUAGUUAUUGCUGUGCCUGCACAGUGUCAAGGCCUUCUCCAUCUCUCACUCUGCUGCCCCUGCCAGCAGGCUGGGGCUGGGGGAGAGGGUUGGGAGGGGAGACAGCUGGGACAGCUCCCCCAGACUGACCAAACACACAUCUCAUACCAUGUAAUGUGGCAAAGAGGUAAAACUGGGGGCAGUUCUGCCAUAGGAGGUCUCUGCCUGGCUGGGCAUCAGGCUGCAAGUGGUGACUGCCUUUGCAUCACUUGGUUGUUUUGGGGGUUGUUUCAUUUCAUUUUCCUUCAUGACUGUCUUUAUCUUGACUCACAACUUUUUCUCACUUUUGCCCUUCAAAUUCUUUUUCCCAUCCUGUUGGGCAGGGAGGGAGGGAGUAGGGGCUGAGCUGCCAGACAGGGUCAGCCCACCCCAGUGCCCCAAGCGUAUCAGGGUCUGUGGUGUAAAAGGCUGGUGUUCCUUCUGGCUCAGGCUCUGAUCACAACUCUGCAGUACAAUCUGCACUGCUCACAUCUCAGAUUUUUAAAGCCCAGUGAAAAGCUGGGGGCUAGGAUUGUUUGUAGAAGUGGUAAAAGAAGCAAAGUCAACCAGAUUUCACAUAAGCAACAGAAGAAACCUCUGCUGCUCAUUAAUAUUCUGGCUAAAUUAAUUUGGAAUGAUCAGUCCAGCACCAGUUUUAAUGUGCAGCUGCUUUAGAUGGCUGGAGAGUUAAAGGAAGCCUGGUAUGGGUGUCCAGCUUAUGUUGAGACUUACAUGCUGAAAUCCAGUGGUGUUUUUUCCAGAUUUAUGGAUGUUUUUCCAACGUCCAGGGUUCUGUUUCUCACUGGAAGUGCCUUCAGAACCCCGUAAGAAUAAAAACCUGUUGCAAGCUACUGCCUCUCCAACUGAGUCUAAGUUUCAAAUGGAGCUGCACUGUAGUGCAAAGCUGACAAAAAGCAACACAUAAAUUUACAGAUAAGAAUGCUCGUUUUGUGAUGCUGGGGGCUGUUUUGUCUUCUCUGAUACUGUUUGGGCACUAAAGAAACCCAAACUGGUUCUGUGUGAUGUAUAAAAGAAAUCAUGACUGGGUUUCAAGGCUGGGUUUUGCAUAAGCAGUCAUGUAAU